AUGCCGAAAGCAGUCGAGAUGACGCACUACAAUUUUAUUGCACAGCACACCAUGGUGCUGGAGUGGAAGCCUCGAGACUACGAGGUCAAAAGACUGCUUUGCACACCGAUGUUCCACGUGAGCAACAUACCCAGAGCUCACACAAGUCCUCUCCGCGGUGGUAUGAAAACCUACGUCAUGCGCAGAUUUGAGCUUGAGUCUUGGAUGCGUAACAUUGAACGCUUUCAGAUUACUGAAACCGGUAUGGUACCACCAAUGGUGAUACAAGUGAUCAACUCGCCAUUCGCAAAGAAGUACUCUCUGGCCUCGAUCCGCAACACUUGGGUUGGCGCGGCGCCACUUGCUGCCGAGCCUCAGGCCCGGUACAAGGCGCUGCUGCGGCCCGAAACACCGUUUAAUCAGGUUUGGGGAAUGAGUGAAACGAGCUGUAUUGCGACCAUGCUGCAUUACCCCGAGCAUGAUCCGACUGGAUCUGUUGGUAGGUUUCUGCCAAACCAUGACGCCAAGCUUGUCGAUGAUGAGGGCAACGAUAUCACUGGUUAUGAUGUACCAGGCGAGCUGUGCGUUCGCGGCCCGCUGAUAGUCAAAGGAUACUUCAACAACCCAGAAGCGAAUCGUUUAGCGUGGGAUAGUGAUGGCUACUUCCAUACAGGAGACGUGGCAUUGCGUCGAAAAGAGAAUGGACUGUGGUACAUCGUAGAUCGCAAAAAAGAGCUCAUCAAAGUACGAGGGUUUCAAGUUGCGCCGGCCGAGCUUGAAGGGGUCUUACUAUCGCAUCCGCAGAUUAGCGAUGCAGCAGUCAUCGGCAUUCCUGCUGUUGGCGCAAAGGCAAAUGCAGGUGACCAGGGCACUGAGCUACCACGUGCCUAUAUUGCCCUAAAAUCGGGAGUUCAGCUCAACGAAGCCGAAGUUCAAGCAUACAUGAAAGAGAGACUAGCUGGAUACAAACAACUGGUUGGUGGCGUCAAGUUUGUCGAUGCGAUACCGAAGAAUGCUUCUGGCAAGAUAUUGAAGAAGGACUUGAAGGCAGUAGCGAAGGCAGAGAUAAAUGCCAAACUGUAG